CUAGGAUUAUACCUGUCUGGAGUACCUGAUAACCCUGUGAUAAUCUGGUCAAAAUAUGUGUCAGUUACAGCUAGGAUUAUACCUGUCUGGAGUACCCGAUAACCCUGUGAUAAUCUGGUCACAAAAUUUAGGUGAUACAUUUAAAGGAUUAUCUGAGUUUUAUUAACUGGCUGACCCUAGCUGUGAUAAUCAGACCUGAGAUUUACAUUUGGGAUUUACCGUAUCACAUGGCUGACUACCAUAUGAGAUUUAUCAACUGAGAUUUGCCAUAUGACAUGUAUGACCCGAGUCUUAACCAGCUGCUGAAAUUUGACAUCUGAGAUUUUCCAUGUGCGAUUUAUCAUCUGGGAUUUAACAACUGAGAUUUGCCAUAUGACAUGUAUGACCCGAGUCUUAACCAGCUACUGAAAUUUGACAUCUGAGAUUUUCCACACACGAUUUAUCAUCUGAGAUUUAACCACUGAGAUUUACCAUCUGAGAUUUACCAAGGACAUUUACCAGCUGAGAUUUACAAUUUGAGAUUUUCCAUGGGAUUUUCCACAGGGCAUUUACCAUCUGAGAUAUUUGACAUCUGAGAUUUCCUGCCUUUUAUAUCACUGACACAUACAUGUAAAUAACAUGUAUUUUAGGAAAACGGUCUGUUUGACUGAUUGACUGACUGACGACGACAUAUAUUUGCUUAUUUGUGGAAACUGGGGUAUUGGUACACUUAAUGUAUUUCACUUAAGUCUGACAUCAAGUGACACAGUUUGCUUGAUUCUGAUUGAUUCAUCCAUUCAUAGUAGGGCCACUUGAGAGUUUUUGGUAAAGUUUGGUUGAUUUCUUAUAAGAAAAACUUAAGUGUUCGUAUGAAAAGUAUCAUUUUAAGGACUUUAUGUGCUUCUGGAAGUGCAUUUUUACAAUUCAAACUUUACAUGAGAUAUGGUAUUUGUGAUUUUAUCUCUUUGAAAUUGACACAAGCAGCUAUUAAUUCUUGAUUGGACAGAUUUCAUGUCCAUGUACGUUUCUGUCAUGGCAUUAUGUCAACAGACCUUUGCUACGGACAGAUGGUGACGUAACACAGAUGCGGACGAGAAAAUAUUCUUAAAGGGUGGCGUGCAUUUGUUACACCACCACCAUAGCAAACGAGUUCUUGGUGAGAAAAAGAAGUUUUAUCUCUUGACAUCUUGUGGCCUUAAAGUGGUCCCUACUUAAGCCCAGAAUUUCCUGUGUUAAAACCCCACCCUUGCAAAUCAGUGGGAAUUUUGUUGGAAGUUGACCUUUAAAAGGUUAAUGGGGUAAAUUCUGGAUUAAAAAAGGAGCCCAGGGCAUAUUUAUCCUCGGAAUGAAGGGUGGACAUUUUGAUAGUUCACAAGCUGGUUGAUAAAACACAUUGGCUCAGUUUCAAAGAGAAUUUGCGACUUUGGGGUGGAUUCCUGUUUAAAUAUCUCUGUUAAACUUCAUUGUAUAUGAUAUUGAUCUAAUUUUACAUCUAGAAGGGCCAGGAAAUGAGAUUUGAAAUGGAUUUCCUUAUCAGAUAUUUUUGAUUUGAAUGAGAUGUUGGCUUGAUGCGUAUGAAAAUUUGCUAUGAUUUCCAGUGGUCUGGUUAUCGAGUCAGUUCAUGAUUGUGAGAAUAUAAAAUUUCAUUGGAAGCAAAUUCAGGGACAGAUUCUUUUAAACAAGAUGUUGAAAUUGGAUAGUUCAGACUAAGUAUUCUUUAAGUGGAGUGAUUUGCUGCUUUCUGUGAGUUGUUAUAUAUAUUACAGAAUUGAACUUUUUUAUGUAUUAAAAAUGAAGGAACGUAGACCAAGGGAGAAACAGUUGCUGUAGUGGAUCACCAAGGAAAUUGAAUAUAUGGGCCUAGAAAAAAGAGAUACAUUUGGAAAAGAUGUGUAUGGAGAUCCACUGACGCCUGUCAAAUAUGACAUCUGCAAAGCUGGACACCUGUGGAAACGGACGCCUCUUUGAUUACUCUGCGUGACUUUACUGACACCUGUCAGGUAGCUGAUGAUCUUGUCACAACAGGACACCUGUGAUAGCUGUCAAGUUUGUUUACUGACAGAAAUGGAUACCGGUCAGAAAUUACAUUAGUGGAACGGAUCGUCUGCAAACAGUGACACGUUUUCAAUAGAUGCUGAAAUUGGUGACCUUCUUGUUAUUCUUGGAUAAAAUAGAGACAUUCAUUGUGAAGGAUUUCAAAAGAUCAGAAUGAGAAAGGAAAGUAAGACAUUGUUAUUUUUGUGAUAUUAUUGAUACAUCAUCAGAAUGGAUAACAUGUGUUUGUAGGGUGUAGUCAGUGGUUAUACUAGGACUAAGAUUAUCAGGGCAUUUCUGCAAAAAGUGAAUUUAUUUGACCCGUUGACCCAGAUACAUUUGCAGUAACUAUGGCAACAUACUGUUGCAUACCCGUAACAACAAGCCCAUCAGCUCGCUGCAAACGAGGGAAGAGAGGUCAAGGUCAAGUGCCUUCGUCGCCUUCACCGCCAUCGCAGCUGCCAACUUCCUCUGGUCUCCAGCGAUCUCAGAGUGCACAUGCGGCUGCCCCAUACGGUUCAAUCUACCAAGACUGCAAUGCGCUGACUGCGUCGCCAGAGAAAAUGCAACAGGACCUGCAAACAGAGCUGCGAGGCGACUCAAAUGAGUUGAGCAGCCAUAUUUGGUACCAUGGCAACAUACCACGCCAAAGAGCAGAAAAACUUGUGGAAUCAAAGGGAGACUACUUGGUAAGGGACUGCGUCUCUCAGCCUGGGAACUUUGUUCUGACCUGUAACUGGAUGGGUGUGGCCUUGCAUUUUAUAAUCAAUGCAAAAGUGGUUAACCCUGCAGCGGGAGGACCCCCACGAGUGUUUUACCAGUUCGAGGAUGUGUCAUGUCAGAGCGUCCCCGAUCUCCUGCAGUAUUAUCGUGACAUGGCUAAGCCAGUCACAGAGAGCUCCGGAGUUAUCAUCACCAAUCCCAUUGGUAGAUCCAUGCCACUCAGUUAUUAUGACACCAAGUAUGGUGCCACUGCGAACCUGAGCGCCAAACUUGGCCUGCAGGGCACCCACACACCAAGCCAGAGUCCGAAACCAAGCCCCUUUGCAUCGCCGAAUCGUAGCCCGAAAUUACGCAGGACCCCUCAUCGAACAGGAAGUCAGCCAUUGCUGUCUGUUGACCGUGGAAAUAAGGCACGGUCGCCGUCCCCAUUGGCCGAUCAGUUUGGCAGCUUGCCAAGCAUAAACAACGCACCCCCGCCUUGUCCAAAAACUCAAGGGGUUUUGUCCCCUGUGGUGGGAUUUCAUCACCGCUCUGGCAGUGAGCCCCUGCUGACACCCACCAAUGAACAUGUGACAUUUAGUUACGAGGCAGAUUUUGAAGAGAAAAUGACUCCGGCGAGUUCAGAUAGCAGCCUGAAUAAAGCACCGCCCCCAAAACCUAGCCGAGUACCCUCUGUGAAGUAUGUGAAGAAGCCGAAAGUCCAGCUGAGAAACAAGAAACUCUACGAGGAUGAGGAGGAUCGCGAUUACACGGACUACGAUACGAUUAAAUCCAAACCUAGCUGGCUGAAGUCUUAUCUGGGUGAAACAGAGGGGGCCAAACGCCAGCUCCAGGCUGGUGACCUUACUCAGGUGACUAUGAACACUUCGCAUGGCGAUCAAAACAUUUACGACAACAACGUGGUGAAGGGACACACAGAGCCCAUUUAUGAAGCUCUCCAGGACAAUUCUGAAAAGUACAAAAGGCAAAAUGGCACCAAGUCUUCUCAGAUGCAAAACGGUAAUUCUGACUCUACCAACAAGAACGAUGACAAAGGAGGUUUCCAAGAGACGUUUUACGAUGUGGACUUUUUGCGAAACCGUGUGAUACAUUUACCAAAGCCAGACAAUGAACCGGGUUUUAAUGUCGACUCCUUUACAACGUCGCUUUUACCGCAGGAAAAUCGUCCUCUGGAGGCGUCAGGGAUGGUCAAGGUGAAAACACUGUUGUUAGAAUGUAACGCCAAGAUUUUGGCAAGACAUUUGACUCAAGUUGACCUUGAAGUGUCAAAGGUUAUAGGUGAAGAUGACCUUGGCCUUGGAGUUCAGUCUGGUCUAGAAUUACUAACAUUACCACAGGGGAGACAACUUCGUCAAGAUCUCAUGGAGAGGUGUCGCUGUAUGCACAUGUUCGUGGCCACCAUGAUUCUCACCUGUUCAGGUAUUCUGGAGAGAGCCAGGAUGUUGAGUCAGUGGAUUAACAUUGCCAUGGAGCUGAGGACAUCCAUGGGGAACCUGUUUGGCUUCACUGCCGUUAUGGAAGGAUUGAUGGCUGAUGAGAUCCAGAGAUUACGAGAUACUUGGAUGAUUUUGCGGCAAAACCACACCAGUAGUGCUUUCUUGUUCGACACGAAACUAAAAACUUUCCAUAAGACGCUGACAGACGCCAAUGGGGCGCUUCCUGUCCAAAACAUCUGCAUUCCCAACGUCGCGUCGUACAUCAGCCUGAUGGAGCGUGAUUCGAACAACAUCAUGGACAUGUUGCCAUGGGAAUCUGUGGAUGAUGAGGCUGGAUUGGACGCAUUUUUAUCGCAUCUCGAAAUGGGGCGUGAGAUUUCAAGUCAGUUCAACACCUAUCGUGCCAUGGGACAGGCGGUGCUGAAGGACUUUAGGGAGGACCGCGAACUGCGCGAUACAUUCAUGACCGCAUUUCAUCUGCGGUUGCUUUGGGGUUCACGAGGGGCGGGUGUGAACCGACCAGACCGAUACAACAAGUAUAAACAAUUAAUGAUGGUUUUGUCGGAGAGAGCCGAGAAACCAGAUGAUGUUGGCACAGAAUUGUAGCAAAACCUGGCACUCGGAAAAAUCUUUGUGACUUGUGUUUUUGUGAAUCAUGGAGCAUUAUCUUCCCGAGAGGCCGGCUGAUAUGGGAGGGCAUAUCAACAAAACCUAAGAUUCUGAAGUACCUUUAUGAUUUGUUUUUCCAUAAACAUCAGAAUGUUGUCUUUGAAGAAAAGAUACAGGAAGUCAUGUAUGCAUGCUCUAUUCUCCUAGAUGUCAGCAGUGUAGCUUGAUGUAACGUUUUGUUUCAUUGCAGAUGCGUUCAGCUUGAAAGCGAUGCGUACAUGGACUUUUUUGGCUUUGUCUUUCCCAUAUGUCUACAGUGUUGCUGUUAUGUUUAUUGCAGAUGUGUAUGGCUGGAAAUUAAGUGUAGGCAUGUGUACUUUGCUGACUUACAAUUGUCUUUUCCACUUGUCUACAGUGUAGCUGCAUGUGUUUUCUCAUCACAGAGGUGUACAUUUGGCAGUCAUGUGUACUUUGCUGACUUACAUUUGCCUUUUUCACUGGUCUACAAUUUAGCUGCAUUUUUUAUUGCACCAUGGAUGUGUACAGAUGGCAGUCAUGUGUACUUAGCUGACUUACAUUUGCCUUUUUCACUGGUCUCCAGUGUAGCUGGAUGUUUUAUUGCACCACAGAUGUGUACAGCUGGCAGUCAUGUGUACUUUGCUGACUUACAUUUGCCUUGUCCAUUUGUCUACAGUGUAGCUGAAUGUUGCAUUUUUUUGAAUGCAUUUAAGAUUGCAACUGUGUACAAGUGGAAAUCAGUGUGUACUUUAACUGAUUUUGCCUUCCCCACAUGCCUGUCCCUAUAAGAUGGAUAUUGCAUUUCAUUUCUUUCAAAAUGUGAAUAAAUGACCUGUUUUUAUGAUCAAGUUGGAACUACCCUUGUAUGGGUAACUGGUAAAUGUGAAGUUUGAAUCGUGGGACAUGCUUGUAGAAAAGACUCCAAACGUACAUCCCAUGAAUGACUCCUGCCCCGAGUGACCAUGGCGUGGAGUACACAUGUAAUUAUUGUGCAAGCGCAUACAAGUUCUCUCGAUGUCGGUACGGAAACUUUUAAUCUGGCUGUUCUCUGUGAUAUGAUAAUAGCGUAAUUCGUCAACCUUUUCACCUGUGGCAAGGUGUUCGAUUUAGGAUAUUCUGAGGGCAUUAUUCUCUGUAGAUUGAUCAAGGUAUAUUUUUUGGUGAAGCCCUGAAAUUAGCCUAUCCAACCAAUGUUUUGUCUUCAAAAUCAAAUGAAAAAGUUGUAUAAAUUACAGUGAAAGUUGCUGUGUUGUAUGGGAAAAGGUUGAGGAAUUAUGGUAGUAAUGACAAAGGAAAAAAGACCAUUUUUUGUUUAAAUCAAAGAAUGAAUUAGCAAAUGUUUAUGCUAAGUGCAGUGAGUAAACAAUCAAAUUACUGGUAGUGUGAAAUUCCCCAACUCAGUACCAUGUGUUCACAGGUGCCAUAGUGGUUUUUGUACCGACUGCCCCAGUUCUGCAACAGUAAAUUGGUAAUAUUUUGAUGUUAAGUUUUAAUACAUCUAUGACAAAUGACCUAAAAUUUUGCGCAUGCCUAUGUUGCAUGUGUUAUCUGAUUCUUAUAUUCUGUUGUUCUUAGAAUUUUUCAGAGUGUUAUAAGGUGUGUUUGGUAGGUAAGGUAAUAUCAACUUCCAC